UCAGCAUAUCUUUCAGGAAAUACUUGUAUAAUAUUACUUCUUAGUUAAUCCAAUGGGUUGAAACAUUUCUCAUAUACGUCAUUACGAAGCUUUAUCGUAGCUGACAACAUCAGUGCUUUUGCAAAGGCAGUGCAUUACUAAACAUCCCUCUUGAGACAAGGAGAGUUCGCCUCAUCUUCAUAACAAAGAACCGCUAUUGGCUGUAAGAUAUCGCAAGUGCUGUACAUGAUGCGGAAUUUCUAUUUUUACUCGCUGUUCACGUUGUUUGUUAUGAUAUACAACAUGCAGCAUAUCCAAGCAGCGAGCUGUAACAAAUAUUUUGGUCCAGCUGGUGUCGUACAUUGCGUUAAGCUUUAUGGCUACAAUGAUUAUCAGUGGGCUACAAUGAUUAUCAGUGGGCCACAUGUCGUACCGACAGCUACAUCCGAACGAAAUCCAAUUCGAGACACAAGUGCGUAGACCGAACAGCAACUUACUGUUAUUACCAGUGCAUGGUUGACGUCUAUAACAGCAAUUUUGGCAAUGUUUUUUCCAAUUGUAAGUGCUCCCCUUUUGGCCCCAAGCCCACUCAAAGUGUUAAAUUGCCUGACUGGUGCUACAGCCCUGAUGGAACAAACUGUAACUGGUAUAGUAACUGCCUCAAGAAAGUCUAUCCUUAUUGCGAAAACAACAAAGACGACUUCAGCAUCAUGUAUACCGAGAAAUUUUGUAGACUUUACGAUGAUCAAUACGACAAAUUUUCCCAGAAAGGAGCACAAUGGAUCAACGCUGUCAGAAAAUGUAUCCAACUUAAACUGGUUCCACUGGUUGACAAAACACGCGUUAGGACGUGUCCUAAUCUGAAAUACACAGCAUUCAAAACACACUCACCCUGCUACACCAAUCCUGAGAGUUCGCAAUCGCCAUCAAUUUCGUACUGCAACUUAUCUCCGCAGGAUAGGAAUGUUGUGUUCUGGACCAUUAAAUCAGCAUUUCGUGCGGCAUAUUGGCCGAGUUUGAAAGGUCUGUUAGACGUCAGACGUGAUUGUGAAAAUAGAGAAGGCAGCCAAAAACAACGGAAGGUCCAGAAUAUGAUCCUAGAAGAAGUGACGAGAGAAAUUGGAGAAACCAAAACAAACUCCGUGGACGAGAAAAUCCGAGAAACAGAAGUGAGAAUCAAAGUUUGGCUACGAAAUUUGGUGAGUCCGAUUCAGCUUUCCAUGAACAUAAAUGAACAUGACUGGACAUCCAAGCGAAAAAAAAGAUCCGCCCCAAGUGAUCAAGAAAUUAAGGAUUCCAAAUUUGCCGGGAAGGUUAUCGACGCAGUCGCUUCACAAGGAAGAUGGCAGGAAAAGGGAAUUACUUGGUUUGCUUAUGCAAAAAACGAAAUCGACAACACAAAGUCGAUCAGGUUUUUCGUAGCUGAUCGUUUUAAAAUUGAAAGUGGUAACCAAACAACCAAUCACACCAAUAUCACUGAUGUUUUGGUCCAGCUAAGCACAGAUAUUCUCAAUGCCAACGGGACUCUUGAUUUGAGGGUGGACGGAAGUCGUGCCGACAUCGACAUCAUGAAGUUCAAUGGCUGUUUAGAUAUGGAUUGUGAGUUACAUGCAUUUAAUAUUGUAUUAAGCAGCCCAUCUCCACCAACUCCUAGCCCGUCAAGCAGACCAUCUCCACCAACUCCUAGCCCGUCAAGCAGACCAUCUCAUCCAACUCCUAGCCCGUCAAGCAGCGUAUUUCUCAAAGCAAUGCAUACAAUGGCAUACUUAAUCAUCUUGAGUAUCAACUUUAUUCUUGUGUGAUAAGAACUUUAUCACUGCCAUGAAUGGCCUCUAACUUUGACUUUAUAAUGUCAGGGUCAGGGAUAAGUAUUUGUGUUGUUUUUACCCAACUAUGACUUUUUUGCACAUGAUUAGUUUUAGACAUGCAUCAUGCAUGAUAUAGUCAAUUGCACUUACAAAAUAUAUAAUCUACAGUAGUUGAUUCAGUGAGUUUUAUUAUCAAGAAGAAUAUGUAAUCAAAAUUUUCAGGUCAUUAAACAUAAAAAAAACACUAAAAAGUUGCAAGUCUAUAUCGUUUAUAUAUACGCACGCUGUAUAGAAAAUGUCUACUCACAAGAAUAAGCACAAUAAAACGAUCGUUGGAUCGCUUUUCGUUUGACAGCACCUCAGCAUAUAAGAUUAUCAAUCGUCAAGUCUUUAUGACACCAAGCAAGCACAUGCUAAUACAGUAUCGUGUUUUAGACUCAUUUCAAUACCUCAAAGGCAGGUAUCUCACGCUUCAUUGAAACAGACGGGUUGGAAACUGAACGAGAAACUCGCCUUAAAUUCUAAUUUAGACGGCUAAAACCUACAACAGCAACAUAAAACAUUCAAGUAAAUAUGAAGCAAUAUUCUAAUUUCUUUCAUUGGCUAUAUGUAUAGGCAUGCACUAUACCUUAUUUCUAAUACUAUUGCCGGAUGAACAUAAGAGUGUGUGUGAAUGAGUUAAAGAUAAACACAUGCUGGGCUAUUUAUUAUCAUAAGAACACAAUUUCGGGCAUUCCUGAACAUGUGAAAUUCUCAGACAAAUGCUUUCAUUUUCAAAUCUACCAAAAAAUUCUACUGGAGAUGGUAAUUUGGUAAAGCUAUGUAAAGGCAAUGCAUUUCACUCAAGUGCAUGGGGGUAGAACAACGUGGCCAAGACAUGGACUGCUUGUAUUACUGCAUGUAUACCAUUUGUUUUAUUAGUAUAAAUAAUACCAUGCUGGGAAAACAUAAUAGUUUCUAUAUGUUAAAUAAAAUAAAUUUCCCCGAUAUAUUUCCCUAUACAUUUAUACAUAUUACAUAUAUAGCUGUAGCUAUUUGUGCGACGCGAAGAAUGAGGAUUCAAUUAAUAUCUUUAAGAGCCAUGUAACUUGAUAUACGUAAAUUUUAAGCUCUCGUAGUCAUGCCUUGGCGAAAAACAUACAGCUUUAGUUUCCACAAAGCUUUAGUUUACCUUAGAUUGCAUGUCUAAGCUAUAAACCUGUUCAAUUUAUGCGUGAAAAGUUUUUAACUGAUUGAAAACACAACAUAUGAAACUGGUCUUCCCUGUCUAACCAUUACGUAUCGUGAUUUAUAUUUAACUGAAAUUCCUCCAUUUCUGAAGAAAACAUAGAUUGUGAGUUAUGUUCUUUAAACCAUGCAAAAUAUAUAGCACGAGCAUAAAAAAAGCGAG